CCUAAAAAGGUUUUGAAGACAAACGAAAAUGCUUUCCUUGCUACAGGAAAAGCGACCAUUAAAACGUACACGUUUGGGUCCACCCGACGUCUAUCCGCAGGAUGCCAAACAACGGGAAGAUGAAUUGACACCAUCCAAUGUCAAACAUGGAUUUGCCACAAUGCCACCGCUGGCCGAUGAAUUCGGCACAGCCCACACCUCCAAUGUGAAUGCCAGCAAAGUUGCAUCAUUUUUCAAUGCCAUCUUGGCGAAAAAGGAAGAGUUGAUGACCUUGCAGGAUACGAUGCGUAAAAAACAACAAAUCAAUUGCAAAGACAAUUUCUGGCCGGUCUCGCCUCGUACCAAGGGGGCACUAGAUGCCUGGUUUAAGGAUUUAGCCGGCAAUAAACCCCUAUUAAGUUUGGCCAAACGGGUGCCGUCGUUUAAUAAAAAAGAAGAGAUUUUAAUAACAUUGUGUGAUCAUCAGGUUAAUAUGCAACGAGCCACCUGGUUCAUUAAACUGAGUGCCGCCUAUAUGGUUAGUGUUUCAGAGUCGAAAAACAAAAAGAGAAAUUCAUUUGAUCCGGUGCCGGAAUGGACAAGUAAUUUAAUAAAAUUUAUGAAAGAUUUGCUGCCCAAAUUACAGGAAUAUUAUCAUUUGAGUGAAAAAAGUUCUGCAGCUGAGAAGGCUUUGCUAAGUGGCUAUGGAGCACCCAGCACACAAAACAAUAACCAACAACAAAAUACCUCUACUACGCAUCCUACAAAUUCUCUAAACACCGUACCCCAAUCGUUGGCCAGUCCUGUGCCCAUGCUAAGUCCAGCCAACAGUCAAUCAUCUAGCGGUGGUGGCCUAAGCACUUUAGCAGGCAACAGCACACCCGGUGUAGGCACUUCGAACAGUCAAAGCGGCUUGCCGGGAGCAAAUAAUAUGCCCGGUUCUGGUUCCUCAAUAUCAGGCAUUGGCAGCAACUUUGAAGACAGUCGCAAUGCUCUUAAAUACUGGAAUUAUUGCACCCAAUUAAGUAAGUACAUGCACGAAGAAUCACUAUUGGAUAGACAGGAGUUCCUCAACUGGAUACUAGAACUAUUGGACAAAAUGCGUACACAGGUCACGUUCGAUGAGUCUCUAAAGAAAUUGAUUUUAACAUUUGCUCUGCAGUAUAUGCAUGAUUUCGUGCAGUCCGAAAGACUUUGCCGCAAAAUGGCCUACGUGGUAGCUAAAAAAUUAGCUAAUCUAUUGAAUAAUGUUAUAGACCAACAGCCCAAUGGUAAACAACUGCUGCCAGCUGGUGUCACUCAUAUGGAUAUUGAGGAGGAGGUGGAUAAGAAAAAGCCCGCUUUGGAUCCCUAUGAAAGCGCCAUUAAUGAAUACCUAAAUUGUCCCCAUCACCGUGACAUCAUAUUGUAUUUAAGCACCAUACUACAAAUAAUUACCAUCGAAUGUCCCACUGCCAUGGUUUGGUGUGGUAUUGGUGAGAAUCGGAUACCGGCCGCUUUGUGUGGCAGUCCUUUGGAUCAUUUGCCCAUCGCACCCUCCGCCCUACCAAUGCCUACCAAGUGUACCAUAACAAAUGCCGAAGUGCGUAGACAGCUUAGAGCUACCGAAGCUGAAAUAGUAUUGCGCUCGAAACAUGCUGAAAAUCGUUGGUUUGCCGAGAAAUGGCAAAAUGCUAAUAAGAAUUCGUAUACGCAUGUUUUAACUAUUCUCGAUCAUUUGGAUACGCAUUGUUUUGAUUUAAUGGAUCAGAGCAACUCGAUAGAUUCCCUGUAUGGGAGUAUUUUUCAGCCGUUUGUUAGUGUGCGUCGUGAGAUGGGGGCGAAUGGUGAGACGAAAGAGAUACGGCAAGAAUACGAUUCGAAUACUGUGGAUGGAACCACGGUGAAGAUAUUGUGCGAGUGGGCGGUAUCCAGUCAAAGAUGGGGUGAACAUCGUGCUAUCGUGGUGGCCAUACUCCUAGAUAAACGUCAAAUUGAGGUUACUACACCCUCAGCCGAAGACAAUAACAAUGGCUUGGGCAAUAGCAAUAAUCCGAACGACGAUAAAGAUUCCAUAGCAUCGGGAGCCGGACUUAUCGGUGGCCUACCUGUAUUUCAAUCAGUUCUUAUGAAUUUUCUCGAUCACGAUGCCCCCGUACUCGAUGAAAAUGGCAGCGUAGCCAAUCGUACACAAUUCACGAAUCUAGUACAUCUCUUUAGUGCUCUCAUAAGACACGAUGUAUUCUCACACAAUGCCUACAUGCAUACGCUGAUAUCCAGAGGUGAUCUAUUGGAGGGAGCAAGCACGACAGCCACCACAACAAAUGUGGCCAACAGUUUAAACAACAACAACAGCAAGGGCAAUAAUAUUGUUACAGGACCAGUAUCGAAUAAACCAGUUUCGCCAGCCGUUAAUCAUGGUUUUGAUGAUGAGUUUGGUGCUGGUUUGGACUUCAAACACAAUGAAUUUGAUGACUCUAAUGUUGACGAUGAUUUAGACAAACUAUUGCAGAAUAUUAAAGAAAAGGGUCAAGCCGAGGCACCCGAUAGUCCCAAAAUACCUGAUCACAACAAUAGUACGGGUUGCAAUGAAAACAACUCAUCCAUAUCACGACAUUACAUAUACACCAAACAUUUUCCCAUACCGCAAGAUGAUCCCUCCAUGAUCUAUAGCAGUGAAUCGAAUCAACGUUAUAUCUUACUGUUCGGCGUGGGCAAGGAACGUGACGAAAAGAAGCACGCUGUCAAAAAGAUGUCGAAGGAAAUUUGUAAAUUAUUUACUAAAAAAUUUAGUAUUGAUGUGGCAGAGGGUGGCAAAGUGAAAAAGCACUCACGCAAUGAGUUUAAUUUCGAAAACACAACUAGUAAAUGUCAAAAUAUGGCUUAUUUUGAUCAACAUGUGGUCACUUCACAGUGUGCUGCUACAGUGUUGGAGCAAUUAAAUGGUUUUGCUGUGGGCAACAAUAACUAUUUGCCUGUACAAGAACAUGUGGCCUUUUUAUUUGAUUUAAUGGAAAUGGCUUUGAAUAUACACAGUCUAUUGGAAUUGUGUGAUCAAAUUUUAAAGGAGCUGCCCGAAGUUGAAAACCAAUUGCUGGCGAAAAAGUCCAAUAUGGUAAGAAGUUAUACCACCUCUUUGGGUCUCUAUAUAGUGGGUAUAUUAAGAAGAUAUCAAAGCUGUUUGCUAUUGUCGCCCGAACAAACAGUGUCAGUGUUUGAGGGUUUGUGUCGCAUCAUAAAACAUGUCAAUAAUCCCACAGAAUGCAGUUCCGCCGAACGUUGUAUUUUGGCCUAUUUAAGUGAUUUGUAUGAAUCAUAUUUGAUAUUACGUUCCAAAGACCAAGAACCGGAAUUUUUUCCCCAAAUGUCGCAUAUUAAAAAGUUCAAAGACAUUUUCAAUCAACCCGAACAGUUGGGUAUGGUACCGCAAUCCUAUAAUCCACAAUUUAUGCAGGAAUUCUUGGCCUCACCCAAACGCGGUGGUAAAAUUGAUAAUCUCUGGCUGCGUCAAUUGCAUGAAUCUCCUGCCAAUAUCUACAGUUUUGUUUCGAAUGUUAUAUUUGCAGUUUGCCAUGAAACGGACAACGAUCGUUUGAAUGAUAUUGCUAUAGCGUGCGCGGAGUUGACUGCCGGUUGUAAUUCGUUGUCGGAAGAGUGGAUUGCUGCCCUACAGAGUAUUUGUCAUGCUAUGAAAAAGACCCGAUAUCCACAUCUGUGUCAAAUCGAUAUACAAAAUAGUAAAAUACACAAUUCCUUGGCUGUUUUCAUAUGCAUAUUGGUGGCCAGACAUUGUUUCUCUUUGGCCGACUUUGUGUUGAAAAUUGCCCUGCCCACGUUGGCUAAUGCUUAUCCGGUGGGUGGUGAAAUAACUACGGAUGCUGAAUCGGGUGCCCGCUUAACUUGUCAUUUGGUAUUGAAACUCUUCAAAACUAUUGAAAUACCACAACCGGGAAUGUAUUCUGUGAGUACGUCGCCCAACCCGCUGAAUGCGGUUAGCGGUUCUUCCAACAUUAAACUCAGUUGCGAUCGUCAUUUACUGAUAGCAGCCCAUAAAAAUAUACAACUGGAAGCGGUAUUGGCAGUGCUAAAAGCCAUUUUAAUAGUCGUGGAUACAACAGCUUUAAAGACACCCACCAUGACGGGCAAUACAUCGACGGGUGCCUUUGGUAGUGGCGGCAAACGCGGCAGUGGCUUCAAUACACCUGUUCAUCCGGGCAGCACGCCCAAGAGCAAUGAUCGGCCUGUGGAUAUCAGCCAAAUUUUGGGUACUAGUGACUUGACAAAUUUAACGGGAGACCAUGAUCACGAUAUGUCACAAUCUUUAUCGACCACCCCUUUAAAUCCUUCGGUUACGGGCUCGGGUGAGCAAAUUUCACUUUUAGAGUUUGCCCAACAUGUUCUCAAGCAGAUAUGUGCUCAGGAACAUGUUCUGGAAAGAUGUCUAAAGAAUGCCGAUAAAUUGUGUGACAUGAUCAUCGACGAUAUGUUAACGCCCAAACAGUCACAGUCUAUAUUGCAUAUGAUUUGUUAUUCAGAAGUUGAAUAUAGCAUCAUAUCGGAAAUGGAUCAAAAAUCUAUGAUUGUUAGAAUUCUAGAGAAUCUAGGCCAAUGGACUUUAAGAAUAUCGUGGUUGGAUUUGCAGCUAAUGCACAAGCAAAGCAUGAACAAUGGCACCGAGCUGACGGCCUGGUUAGAUACUGUGGCUCGGGCGGCCAUAGAUGUGUUUUUAAUGGAGGAGGUUUUAAUGCCGCAUGGAGGCAAGGCGGAGCAUCGGCCCAAACCCUCUACUUGGCUGGUGGCGCCUUUGGUCUCUAAAUUGACACCUGCUGUGCAGGGUCGUAUUUUAAGAGUGGCCGGUCAGGUGCUGGAGAGUAUGAAUUAUUUCUCGAAAUGUUCCAAGGCUGACAACAAUAGUUCAUGCAGUGGCGAUGAGCGGGAAAAGAGUAAUAGUUGUGGCAGUGCCAGCAGUAGUUACAGUAAUGGUUCCAAUUGUGGUACACGCAAUAAAAAGAUGCCUUUAAAUUAUCAACCAUUUUUGGGUUUGAUAUUGACCUGCCUCAAGGGUCAGGAUGAGUAUAAAGAAAAUCUAUUGGUCUCACUGUACUCGCAAUUGUCGCAAUGUUUGCAAUCCUAUGCGGAGUUUGAUACCAUGGGUGGUGUGGACGAUCCUUUGGGGCGUGAGGAAAUGUUAGAUGCUUUACAAUUGCGCUUUUCCUUGGUGGGUGGCAUGUUUGAUUCCAUACAAAAGAAUGGCACCUCUAUAACGGAUUGGGCCAUACUUUUGGCUCAGUUGGUGUGUCAAGGUGUGGUGGAUUUAAGCACUAACCGCGAACUUUUCACCACUGUGGUGGAUAUGUUAACAACUCUAGUACAUUCCACUCUAGUAUCGGAUGGUCAAUCAGAACGGGAUGAAAAAUUCUAUUCAAAUCUUAUGAAAAAACUUAAAAAGGAAAUUGGUGAAAAGAAUAAUGCCUCCAUUAAAGUCAUUAGACAACUACUGCCUCUCUACAAACAUCAAACUGAGGUUAUUUCUUGUGAACCGGCUGGCGUCGAUCAAAAAGGCAAUAAAAUCAAUGAUAUGGACAAAAAACAAUUACGUAUUUCGGACAAACAACGCAUUUCUGUGUGGGAUAUUUUAGAGGGACACAAAAAUCCCGCCCCCUUGUCUUGGGUGUGGUUUGGUGCCGUCAAACUAGAGCGUAAACCUUUGACCUAUGAAGAGGCUCAUCGCAAUCUAAAGUACCACACACAUAGUUUAAUAAAGCCCAGCAGUUAUUAUUACGAACCCUUACCUUUACCGCCAGAAGAUAUAGAACCUGUACCAGAAAAGAUUGUGACACCCACACCUUUCUUGCAGAAGGAUGAAAUGAAGGCGGAUACCCCCUCCUCAGUCGAUCAAUCUCCCAGUGCGGUGGUUAGUGGCAGAGGUCGCGGUAAAGGCACUACUCGCAAACGUAAACCCAAAAAUUCUAAAACGCCGCCGGUUAAUACUCAACAACAACCCCCCUUAGUGGGUCAACAAACUCAACAGGGCGCCCAACAAACGGCUAAUCAACAGCAACAGCCCCAACAGCAGCAACAACUGGGACAACAGGCCCAACAGCAACAGCAAGUGGCGCAGCAGCAACAACAAAUUAAUCCUCAACAGCAAAUGGGACAAAUGCAAAUGAAUAUGCAAAUGGGUUCAAAUGUCAACAUGCAACAAUUCAAUCCUAAUCAAAUGAUGCAACAGAAUCCCAAUGCCAUGAUGCAGCAACAACAAAUGCAGGGUGUGCCGGGUAAUAUGCAGCAACAAAUUAGUGUUGGAAAUCCUCAACAGAAUCAACAAUUGAAUUUCAUGGGUCCAGGCGGUGCGCAAGGUAUGCAACAGGCCGGUAUGAAUCCACAACAGCAACAGUGGCAGGGACAAAAUCAAUUCCAUCCCAUACAGCAGCAACAACAACAGCAGCAAUUCUAUCAGCAACAGCAGGGCAUGCAAAUGAAUCGCUUUGAACGUCCUCAGAUUAACAACUCCAAACAGGCUCUGCACAAUAUGUUGCGGCAACGGCAGCCCACAUUUAAUCAAAACAAUCCCUCGUUUAAUCCCAUGCAACAGCAGCAACAACGUCAAGCUCAAGGUAUGCAACCGCAACAGCAACCGGGGGCUAUUAAUCCAGUACAGCAGCAACAACAAUUGCAGCAGCAGCAAUUCGGACGUACCGGCAUGAGAACCAUGGCACCCAAUCAAAUGGCGGGCGUGGCACCCAAUCAAAUGGCUCCCAAUAUGAAUGCAGUGGGUAUGGCGGCACAAGGCAUGGGUGCACAAAAUCCCAUGAUGCAGCAACAAAUGUCGACGCAGGGCAUGAAUCCGCAGGCAAAUGCUCAAAUGGGCAUGAAUCAAAGUGCAAACAUGAUGGGGGCAGGUAAUGCCAGCAAUCCGAAUGCCAUGAUGACGGGACAAAGUAACACAGGUAUGGUAAAUGCUGGAUCAAUGAUGCAACAAAAUGUGGGUGUGGCGGGUGUAGGCAAUGCAGCCGUUAAUCAGGGCAUGGUUAAUACGACGGGGCCAGGGCAAUUCCAAAAUUUCAAUCAAUACCAACAGGGUAUGAGUCAAACGGGUGGUCCCAAUCAACAGACCAAUCUUAUGGGCGGCUUUAACCAAAUGAAUCAACGCAACAAUCCUGCAGAAUUUAUGGCCCAACAGCAGCAGAGAGGACCGGCCGGUCCCAUGGCUGGCAAUAGAGGACAGUACAUGAAUCAGGCGCCCAAUGUUACCAUGAACAAUAUGAUGGGCCAGGGUGCGGUACCGCCGUAUCAACGGCAACAGUCAACGGGUGGCAAGCCAGGUGUACAACAGCAACAAUUCCAACAACAGCAACAACAACAGCGCAUGCAACAUCAAAUGAUGCAAAUGCAAGGCAUGGGACCACAAAAUACCGCCGCCGGGGGCAUGGGUCAAGCUCAAAAUCAGGCCCAACAACAGAAUCCCAAUCUUGUGGCACAAUUGCAACGUCAAAUGCCCAAUCAACCCAAUAUGAUGGGACAACAAUACCAACAUCAACCACCGCCUUAUUAGGCAUAAUUACCAAUCUAAACUAACACCCCCCUCCCCCAUUAAAUUAAUUGUCUUUUCAUUGCAAACUAAACAAAACAAAUACAAAAACUGUAAUUUAAGUUCACUUAUUUAGUUUUUUAGGUUUCAACAAAUUUAUAUAAAACUUUUUUUUUUUGAGAAAAUAUUUAUACAUAGUAUUAUAUAAAAAUGUAUUUGGAUUUAUUUAAAUAAAAAUAAAAAUUAGUUGAUAAAAAUA